AUGGGAAUUAGACUAUUUGUGUUUGUGCUGACAGUCGCACUGGCUGGUCAGGCAACGGGAGAAGAAGAGCUUUUUGUGGCAAGCCUUACAACUGCAGUGGCAGACUUCGUUUACGAGGAUCUCUCCUCGGGUCGAGGAGUGCACGUCGUGAGCACUUACGACAGUCUCCACAUUAGCACACUGGACGGCCGUGGUCUAGUAGCAGCCGACGAAUCAUCUGGGGAGUCUUUCCGACUGAUCGCAGUAGGUCGCACCAUGUUCAUUCAGGUAAAAACGGGCUCCACCGAGAGCCAAGAUUUCUCUGUGCCAGAUGCGUACACCGGCAUCCUAAGCAACACCGACUGGACGGUUUUGCGGGACUUGGUUCGCCUCCUGAAUUCCAGUUCCACUGACCAGGAGGCAAGCCAUGUAAAACUUUGGGAGUCGCUACUGACUGUCCUGAGCUUCCCUGAGGCCGCGCUCUUGCAGAAUGCUGCUGCAACGCUGGGCGGAACGGGAGUGACGGGCCUGAACUAUCCCAGCGUCCUGCCAUUCUACAUGGCGGCUCUACAGCUAAACCAACUGCAGGGAGGAAAUAUAACAGGCAGCAGCCUUCUGCAUGUGACAGAUGACAAUGGAUGUCUCAGCGAAUGCCCACCAUGUCCUUACCAGGACUGCCUGGGUCUGUGCGGCUACGGCUGCAACUGCUGGAAGUGGGUUUGCGGGGAUUGUUGCUACCAUCUCGGCUGCUACGAACACGACAUAUGCUGCCGCACAAAGUUUGUUCGUACAGCCUGUCUCCUCCCCUUCAGCUUCAAAUGUGAAUCUGGCUACACCUGUAACUGA